AUGCUCUUCCGUACUGCCACCUCGGCCGCCAUCAUGGCCUGCGUCGCCACCGUGGCCGCCACGCCCGCCCCCGCUCCCGCCCCUUACAGGUUGGCCGUCAUGGCCCUCCCCGGCCAGAGCCUUGCCCGUCGCGACACCAUGGGUUACCAGCCCGACAUCACCGAGUGCACCGACGGUGCUACCUGCGCCGAGGCCUGCGGUACCGGAUAUGCCGAGUGCGCCUCUUCCGACUCGACCAUUCACUGCUUCAACGAGGGCGCUCACCAGAGCUGCUGCAAUGACGGCACCGGCAACUCCUGCGACUCCGGCUACUACUGCGCCAGCGACCACCAGAGCAACACCUGGUGCUGCCCCGACGCCAUGGACCUGACCGAGUGCGCUGCCGCCUACACCAUCGCCGGCGGGCUCGAGACGCCCUCCUCCACCGCCAGCUCGACCAGCACCAGCUCCAGCUCGACCAGCACCAGCUCGACCAGCACCACCAGCUCGUCCAGCACCAGCACCAGCACCACCCCUACCCCCUCCACCACGCCCACCCCUACCACCACGCCCACGCCCACGCCCACGCCCUCGUCCACCACCAGCUCCCCCGACGGUCUCAAGCUGAAGGAGGUGUCGUCCGUCAACACCACCACCGCCACCGCGUCGCACUCCCACGGGCCCGCCCACCACCACAACGCCACCGCCUCUCUGCCCGGCAACCUCACCGUGACCGGAAGCCUGACCGUACCCCCUACCGUCGUCCUCCCCACCAACUCCGAGGGCGUCCCGGCCGACGCCGAGUCUACCUCCACCGCCGGUGAGACCGGUGCCCCGACCGGCGCCGCCUCGGCCUCCGGUGUCAGCCUAGCCCUCAUCGUCGCCGCCGUCGGUGUCGUCGCCCUCCUCUAA